AUGAGUUCUUAUCGAUACCGAGACAAAAACAGCACUGCGCGAUCACGACACGGAAGUGGCCGCGCGCGAAACCACAGCCGGCGCAGCGCGACGAGCUCUGGAUCCCGCUCGCGCGCGGCGGAGCACGAACAGCAUAGAGCCGAGGCUACCGAUGCUGCGAGGCAGGAGCCGAACACAGCGCCUCUCAAGACGUAUUCUGGAUCCAUAAGGCGAUUUUUCAUCUUAAUAGCGAUAGCGCUGUUGGCUGGUUCAUCGCGAAACGCCUGGAGGAGAUCGGGAGAGAGUCAACUUGCCAGGGGACUGGCUUUGGCGGCAGCGGCACGGGCGGAAACUCAGCCCAGCACCACUGCCGUAUACUCGCAUCUGGACGAGUCGGUGAUUUCCGAAUAUUUCAAGGCUGGCACGUCACGCCGGCCGGAUUUUGUAGUGAUGCCUAGCAUGAGUCUAGUCAGGAGGGGGCGCCGGUCGUUGACGCAACUCACGGGAGCGGAGGCCGAUGGGGAAGUCUCGCUCAUCGUCCUCGACACGGAAGGGCUCGCCUACUGCACGAAUUUGUCACGCAAUCUCAUGUGGGUCACGCGGCUCACGGACAACCUGCUAAAUGUGAAAAAGCCUUAUGUCGAAACGCCGAACAAUGUAUGCGCACUCAACAACGCCCCCACCAGGGGCAUGGGUUGGGACCGCGAAAACUACGAAGAACACACCACAGCCGACACUCAGAAUGGACAAGCGUUCCAAACAUGCGGCCGUAAUGCCGCCUCGAAGGGCAAAUGUUCACGGCAUCUCGUGCCGAGCUACGACGGAUACGUUUACUGCAUAUACGAGACGGGGCACAGUCAGCUGCUGCAUAUUCAUGUCAGGGACAUCGUCAACUUCACACCCUUCAGGACGCCGCUGCUGGAUGGCGUCUACCUGGAGGGUUCUAGGAAUUCUUCCGUGAUGGCUCUGGAUUUCCACAGCGGAAGCUACAUCGCGAGGAAUGUACAUGACGGCAACUACAAAACGCAGCCCCAUACGUCCCCGGACCACCCGGAACGGGAAACGCCGAGGCAACUUCAUAUCGGUUACACCGACUGGACCGUGCGCGCAUUUGACGAGAAGUCGCACGUCGAGCUGUGGAGUUUUAAUUGGCGCGAAAUAGGCGCAGUAAACAGCGAGAACGUGGGACCGGUGGUCGUCGAGCGCGUGCGCGAAAUCAUCAAGGUGCAAGGACAGAAGCUGGCCAUCGAAUACGAGGAUGAGGAGGGCCCAUUCACCGAGGAGAUGAACUUCCCGUUCCCAAUCGCAGCGGUCUUCGCAGUGCUCUGGAACGUCAACGAGGAUAUCAUGACGCUGCAGAUUGUGGAGCGGAUCUCAAUUCCGCCGCCGGCAGCUUUCCUCCAGAAUGCGCUCGACAAGGCUUAUGGGUCUAUCCAACUAUCCAGUUCCAGCUACUUCGGGCGCAAUCUGGUGUCAGUGAAGGGCGGUGUGAUAAACGUGCAAAAUAUGUGGGAUUCCGAGGUUGAGGGUGAAGCCACGAACGACGGUGGGAGGCUAAUCACAAUCAAGGUGGUCGAUAAGAACCACUACUACACUCUCGACACCGGACUGCAACCACUCACUUUCACGCAACAGAACCAUACCAAGUGGCAGAUCGUCAAGUGGUGGUGCGUGCUCACAUGCUGGAUCCUGACAUUCGCGUUGGCGCCGCUGAUGACCGCGCUGCGGAUGCUCAAGGAAUGCAUCGAACGGAAAGCUUACCACCGCAGGUGGUGGGCUAAAAUGCCGUUCUCGAGGUUCAUCUUAGGCCAAGUAUCGUUAAUGAUCGAUGAUUUCGAACGAGGCAUAUUCGAGUCGACGGAGCGGCUGAUUUACAACGUCGACCGCAUAUCACCGCUGCACUCCGUGGAAAACGUUUGCCAGACGUUCACGGUGCCGCUGAAGCUCAUAAACAACACGGAUGAAAUGCUGGAGGCGCAAAAGCAGAGUAACAGAUCGCAGGCGGGAAGCGCAACUACGCAAAGUGCGCGCAGCGAGGAGAGCGACGGACACGAGCUACCACGGGUCGAACUGGCCGUCGAGACGACCGAGAUUAACUACUCCGACGAUGAAAUAACUAGAGAAGAUGAACUGAGGGCGAUAUCAGUUGUGCCCGCCGCCACUGCACUGGCCAACUUCCUCGAGAACGGCCGGUUCCUUAGGACAUUUGAUUGCAUCAAGCUCCUGGGGAAGGGCGGAUUCGGCUCGGUAUACCGGGCUCAGCACAAGCUGGAACCCGGCCACCCGACGUACGCCAUCAAACUAGUGCUGCUGAAAUUAAAGGCAUCUGAGGGCCUCACUUCCAGGCGCUACUUUAGGGAGAUCGUCGCCAACAGGGAGAUAUCAAGCAAGUACGUCGUGCGUUACUUCACGUGGUGGUGCGAAGAACCGCACUUUCUGCCCCUCACGCAACUGACGCCAGAAAUACAGAGCGCGGCGGCCACCAACGUCAAGCACCUCGUUGGCUCCAACUCCCUAAACACGCAACGCGCGAAGGCGCUCAACGGGUUCAUGCAGCACUACCAGGAAAUGCUGCGAGGGAUUUUAGAGAAGAAAAGCGACGAUGACUACCCGAGUUUUAGCAACGUGGCGUUCAACAACUCCCUAAUUGACCAAAACGGGAGGGGUAGGCGGAGGGUGCACCUGUCGGCCAUAGGUGAACAAACGGAAGGAUCGCAGAUACCAACCGACGAGGACGACAGCAUGCUGAACGGGGUGUGCGCAUUCCAGUUCGAAGACGACAACCGCCCCGACGAUGGCAGGUACCCCAACGUGCAGCAGUCAGAGUCCAGCCAAGGCAUCAUUUUCGAGUACAGCGGCACGUCGAAGCCGCCCAUCGGGGGAUACGAGGGUGAGAGCCCGCGAGAGAACAGCGACAAAGGCGAAUUGGGGAACCCGGAGAACGGUCACCAGUCACGCGAGAAGGACACGGAAAAGCAGUACCCCGUAGUGCUGCUCAUCCUCAUGGAACUGUGCAAGGGGUUCACCCUCAGGGAGUGGCUCAACAGGCCCGGAAGAAGCGACAAGCCAAUGCAGUACACCGUAGCGCCAAAUGGGGUGCCGGUCGAAUUCGACCUUUUCAGGCAGCUCAUCAAGGGGUUGCGUGACAUCCACGCGAACAACUUCAUCCACCGAGACCUCAAGCCCGAGAACGUUUUCGUCGACCCGAACACGUACGCGCUGAAAAUAGGCGAUUUCGGACUCGUGGGCUUCAUCUCGCAGAGCACCCGCGAGACCAGGGAGACACCACCGCCGGAGGUCACGGCACAGCAAGACUCCUCUGACCUGACGCAGUCCUCACUGCCUGGGCAACUCAUCGGCACGCCGGGGUACGCCGCUCCCGAGGGCGGAUUCAACUGCUCGGAGAAGGCUGACAUCUUCUCCGCCGCACUGAUCCUGCUGGAGCUGCUGUCGCCAAGGUUCCACACCGUGAUGGAGCGGUUCACUGUGCUCGAGAACUUCAGGAACACGGGCAAGGUCCCGGAGUUCAUCGAGAAGGAGCUGUCGCCGUGGCAUCAGCUGCUCACCCAGAUGGCCGACCGGGUGCCUCAGCGCAGACCCUCCGCAGUGGAGGUGCAGAAGAAGCUCAAGGGACUAAUAGCAAUGUGGUGCAACGAACCCGCAGAUUAA